GUGAGAGAAGUCGAUCGAUUUGCUGCGAAAUUGCAUGAACUUAUGUGUUGCGUGCGUGGCUUACCCCACCAGUCAGUACAUGCGCGUUGUAGGAUCUGUUCAUCCUGUCAACGACUUUCAUAUCAACGAUUAAUCGAAAUGAUGAUAAAAUCCAAUAGAAAACUGUUUAUAAGAAAACUCAUUCAAGUUGGCAAAAAGAAUUUACAACGUUAUUUAGAAUUUGUCGAAUUAAGACAGUUCGUGCAUAGACAAAGCGGCUUCCAUUAUCUUAUAGUGAAAGAAGCCAAGAUGGUAAAACGGUAAUUCGGUUAUUCGAGAUGCCAAUCAUCAGAUACCGUUGUUGAAUAUUGAAUAUUCGACAGAAAAGGUGUCUACGCAGUUAAGAAAAUUGUUUAUCAGACCUUAGCUACGUGAAUUAAAAUUCAAAGAGCUCAACGUUUCCCCUGAGAUAGGGAUGAUGGAGUUGCUGUAUAAAAAGCCACGUGAAGACAAUGGACCGUGCAUUCUUCCGCCGAUUUCCAAUCCUCCAUCAUACAGAUAUGAAUUUAACUUUCGUCCUAACUUGCGUAAUGGCAAUUAUUUGGUUAUUUUUUGCAAAAUGUGAAACAGAAAUCGUUAGCAAUCUGCGUCAAAGAUUCCGCAACCGCCCUUUAUUAAGAGAAUAUAACGUGGAAAAUCUACUUCUCGAAGAAGAUGAUUUUACAAACUUAAAUAAACGACAGCAGUUUGACGAUUAUGGUCACCUGAGAUUUGGGAAACGAGAACAAUUUGAAGAUUAUGGUCAUAUGAGAUUUGGCAGGAAUCAUCACAAGUGAUGACACUAAUAAUUGAUGAUAGAUGCAAUUGUAUAGUGUCAAUUCACUGUCAUUGCGGCAAGAGUCACAUUUUGUUUAGACUCUAGAUAAAAUAUAUUUUACAUUGCAAAUAUUCAUUUUGCAGUUUUCCUUUUUUUUCUCCUU